CCCUUCGCUAUAAGGAGAGAAGAAAGGCCGCCCUCUUUUGGACUCAGCCCCAGCCUUUUCAAGAUCUUUCCCAAGACUCUUCCCCCCCACCCCCAAUACUAAUCGCUCUCCCUCCUUCCCUGGAUCCAUUAAUGUCCGAGGGCUCCUGCGAGGAGGAGAAAGAGAGGAACCAACUCCAGGGCGCAGCCAAGGGGGAGAGAUUUCCCGCUGCCUGCUCAGCGGAGGCUGCUGCUGACUGUUGUGUUUGUUGCUUGUUCGCACCAGGGCUGCAGAUCCUGGCUCUGUCUGGGCGGAUUCGCCGCCUGGAGCAAAGCAGGGGGACUCCAGCGUGCACGGCUCCCCGGCCCCGCCGCCCCCGAUGAGCCGCUCCGCCAAGCCAUGACUCUGAGCUCGGAGAUGUCCGAUGCCUCGGGACUGGCUGAAGAGACCGACAUCGAUGUGGUGGGCGAGGGCGAGGAGGAAGACGAGGAGCCCAGGCGCGGCGGGCGCCCCUAUGCCCAGGAGGAGGAAGAGGAGGAGGAGGAGGAAGACGAGGAGGUGGGGGAGCUCCCCGAUGACAUCUCGCUGCCCAGGUCCCCGGCGUGCGGCGGCGCGGGCAGCUCCCCCACCUCCUCCCAGCGUCCCUACAAGGCGGCGGCGGGCGGCGGCGGGGUCAGCAAGAACAGCCUGGUGAAGCCGCCCUACUCCUACAUCGCGCUCAUCACCAUGGCCAUCCUGCAGAGCCCCAAGAAGCGCCUGACGCUCAGCGAGAUCUGCGAGUUCAUCAGCGGCCGCUUCCCCUACUACCGGGAGAAGUUCCCCGCCUGGCAGAACAGCAUCCGCCACAACCUCUCGCUCAACGACUGCUUCGUCAAGAUCCCCCGCGAGCCCGGCAACCCGGGCAAGGGCAACUACUGGACCCUGGACCCGGAGUCCGCCGACAUGUUCGACAACGGCAGCUUCCUGCGCCGGAGGAAGCGCUUCAAGCGGCAGCCGCUGCCGGCGCCCGAGCUGCUGCUGCGCGGGGUGGAUCCCGGCACCUUCCUGCAGCAGCAGCCGCCGCCGCAGCAGCCGGCGCCCUACGGCUACGGACCCUACAGCUGUGGAUAUGGCAUUCAGCUCCAGCCUUACCACCCCCACUCCGCCGCCCUCUUUGCCUUUCACCACCACUCCCCGCCGGCCCGGCAGCCGCCCCCGAGCGCCGCCGGCCCCGUCCUGCCUCCUGCUGCUGCCCCUGCAGCUCCACCAGCCUCCUUAUUGCCAGCGGCGGAGCUGGCCAGGACCUUCAGCUACCCGCCCCAGCUUAGCCCGUCCCUGACUUCUUCUCUGCACGCUGCCAAAUCCAGCAGCUCGGCUCUGGCCCGGUCCCCCUUCUCCAUUGAGAGCAUCAUCGGGGGGGCUGGCAGCAGCUGUGCGUCCCAGUCUGCGGUGGUUCCCGUCUUAGCCAGGUCUCUGGUUUCUUCGUCCUCCGUUUCUUCUGCCGCUGCGGCCUUAGGGGCACUGCACCAAGGGACAGCCUUGUCCAAUGUCGAAAACUUUACUGCUAGGAUUUCAAAUUGUUAACGAGUUAAAGUCUUUCAGAAGGUAGGAUUCGGGGUAUAUCUUUUUUUCACCUUCACGAAUUGAAACGGACAUUUUAUACAGCCGAUUUGUGUCCUGCCACUUUGUUGUUCGGUACCUAUAUUUAUGCAAAGCCAAUUCUAUAUGCUGCAUAGGCAGAAACUUUUGUUGUUGGGAAGUUAUAUCUUAUUCCUUUAAAAAAAAUCUCUAAACCAUUGAAGUUCGGAGAUUCUCAGGUCCAGGAAUUCAAAAACAAUAAUGUACAAGAGAAAUGAAAGGUCGUGAGGGAGGACAAUAAAGCAAUACUUGUUCAUUUUAGUACACUUGUCUCAUGUACUUUUAUAAAAGGAAAUUAACAUGUUUACACAGAAGAAAGUCAAGAUUAUCCUUUCUUAUUUUAACCUGUGUUUUGUAUUAUAAUAGACAUACGGAGUUUUUAUUUUGUACUUUAUGCGUAUUCUUUACAAGGAAUGUUGUUAAAAUUACUGGCAAGUAUUAUUGUACUAUUCUAAUGUACAUUUUUUACACAUUUUCAAAAAUAAAUUUUUUAAUUUUCAAAAAAGUCCCACCCAUACAAUUGGCUUUGG